CACCGACUGUAUACAGGGAAGUGGCGCUAUGAGGACUUUCCGUCCAACUUUCUGAUCAUAUUCGGUUCCUGUGUGCGUGAGUUCUGACAUGAGAUUUCUACUGACGCUUCUGUGUUUUACUCUGGAUCUGUUGUCGUGCCUCUAUGUGAGGGCACAUACCAGACCUCUCUCUCAACAGUCGUCGAGGUGGCCCGUCCCAUACAGGCGGGUUGAUGAAAGGCCAGAUGUGGAUUCGUACUGCGAAGCCCUGUACCCAUUUUGCCCUAAUGGUGAUCGAGAUGGACGAAUACCCUACAUGAGGGACACUGAUAGCAUUUCAGUAUAUCGACUGCAAGCACCAGUAUGGGAGUUCAAGUAUGGAGAUUUAAUGGGCAAAUUUCAUAUUAUGCAUGAUGCCAUCGGAUUCAGCAGCGCUGAGACUGAGAGUAACUACACGAUGGAGUGGUACGAGCUGUUCCAGCUGGGCAACUGCACUUUCCCUCACCUGAGAGCCAACGCCAGUGCUCCGUUUUGGUGCAACCAGGGUGCUGCGUGCUUCUUCGAGGGCGUAGAUGAUGUGCACUGGUCUCAAAAUGGCACCCUGGAAAAAAUUGGAGUCAUCACUGGUGACAUGUUUAAUGACAUGGCCCAGUGGGUGCAGGAGGAUAACCAGACGGGAAUCUACUACGAAACGUGGACGGUGCGCUCCGACCCGGGCCCGAACGCCACGGUGUGGUUCGAGUCCUUCGACUGCUCCCAGUUUGUCCACCGCACCUACAGGAAGCUGGCCGACCUCGGGGCCAAACUGUCCAGCAGCUCCCCGACCAAAUACACCAAGGUCUACCUGUACAGUGGAGAGCCCACCUACCUUGGGAACGACAGCACCAUAUUCGGACAGCCCUCCAUGAAAGACCUGGCAGCAGACAUCCAGAAAUUCUACUACACCUUCAGGCCCCACCAGUCCUACGUAGACUUUGCCAUUAGUUUAGUGGACAUUUAUGAGAAGGUGGUGGUGCACAAGAACUUCUACCUUUAUUACAACUCUGAGUAUUGGCAUCUGCCGAUGAAACCGCCCUAUAUGCAAAUUGUUUACGAGGAGGUGCCCUUACCCUAAUGUAUGCUUAUAUUCUGUUUGCUCUCUAUUUGCCUUAAGAAUUUAAUGCUAAGCCUGGUUAACUGGUUAAGAUCAAACAACUGUAAUUAUUGGAGUGGUCUGAUGUUUUCAGACUGUAUUUUUCUGUAGGAUUUAGUCAGAUGACUGUAUCGAAAUUGUAUAUUGAAACAUACAUUUUUCCUCUCGAUGUUUUAACCUAAUGGAUGUAUUACCUGCUGCCUCAACCACUGUGUUUUUAAGUCAAUCUGUGUUACAAAGUGUUUUCCAUAGUUGCUAUUGUUGGCGCGGCCCAGAUCCCCUUUAAUGUAUAAGAUGACCUGUUAUUUUCUAAAAAUAUCAUUUUUCCACAUGUGUAAUAAAAAGGACAUGUUCAGCAGUGUCUUGGUAGUAAUUGAAGUCACUUGCUAUUCGUGGCAAAUUUAUUCUAAUGAAAUUCUUGAUCCCUAGCCAAGACCAAAGGCUGAAGAAGACCAUGAAUGAUCUGCACUCAAUUCUUCUAAAGAUAUAACCCCACCGUUUUGCAAUGAUUGGUUCUUUGGACUUAAAAUGUAUUUAAUUAAAUUAAGAUUGACCAGUCAGUCUGAAUGACUAAUCCCAAAGUAUACAAUCCUUUUUACCAACUAAUAGGUUUGGAAGCCCUGGUAUUAAUGUUCAUUUGUUAUUUCCGUAUCAACAAGUAAAAGUUGUAAAGUUAACAUAUACAUUCACAAUUCUUUAUUCCAUGAUCACAUGUCCAUAACAAUUGAUUUAAUCAAUAAAGCAACCGGUAAAGCAAACUUGAAAAAGCAUUUGCCAUACAGAACAAAAGUUAAAAUAGCUGCUUGGUCAAUACCAGUUAACUUUGAUUUAAUUUACUUCAGU